AUGAAUCGCCGAUAUCGCGUCAUCGAGAUUCCGCUGAAGGCCUCCACGGAGGAGGAGGUCAUCGAGCUGAGCAUCGACAAUCUGCCCGAUGUGGCCGAACUGGUGGACCUGCUGCGCAAUGAGCUGUCGCCCCUGUCGCUGUGGCUGCACGCCGCCCUCACCUACUACCGCGAGGGCAAGGAGGAGGAGUUCCGGGACAUCCUCGAGACGGUGCGCGCGGACACCGAGAAGAGCCACCUCCAGCUGACGCCCUGGAUCCUCGAGAUGUCCACCAUGCCCGAUUACAAGCAGGACCUGCUGCGCAUCCUCGACACGCUGGCCGCCUACUACGUCGCCCAGGCGAACAAGGAGCGCAACCGAGAGCGGAAGAAGGAGCUGCAGAACAAGGUCGCCGUCCUCUACACCGCCGGCGACAAGCUGACCACGGAGAGCCAGAACCACCUGGUCGGCCGGGCCUUCUUCCUCCUGGUCGACCUCAAUCAGAACAACUUCGCCAAUGCACUGGACCAGGCGGACCAGCAGUUCACCUUCGUCUUCAACAACAACAACGCCAACAUUCCGACGCUGGUCGGCAAGGCCUGCAUCAGCUUCAACAAGAAGGACUACAAGGGGGCGCUCACCUACUACCGCAGGUGCCUGCGCAACAAUCCCCAGUGCCCGGCCAACAUUCGCCUCGGCAUGGGCCACUGCUUCUACAAGCUGAACCAGCUGGAGAAGGCCCGCCUCGCCUUUGAGCGCGCCCUGAAGCUCGACCACAAGUGCGUCGGGGCGAUGGUCGCCCUCGCCAUCAUGGAGCUGAACAAGAAGAACCCCGAGGCGAUUCAGAACGGCGUGCAGAUGCUCUCGCGCGCCUACAACAUCGACAAGACGCACCCGAUGGUGCUGAAUCACCUCGCCGACCACUUCUUCUUCAAGCGGGACUACCAGCGCGUGCACCAGCUGGCGUUGCACGCCUUUCAGAAUACGGAGAACGAGUUUAUGCGCGCCGAGAGCAGCUACCAGCUGGGGCGGGCCUACCACAUUCAGGAGAACUACAACCAGGCCUUCCAGUACUACUACCAGUCGACGCAGUUCGCCGCCCCCUCCUUUGUCCUGCCCUUCUACGGCCUCGGGCAGAUGUACAUCUUCCGCGGGGACCUGGAGAACGCCGCCGUCUGCUUUGACCGCGUGCUGAAGUUCUACCCGAACAACUACGAGACGAUGAAGAUUCUGGGGUCGAUCUACGCGCAGUCGGCGGACCCGGCGAAGCGCGGCAUGGCCCGCGACUACCUGAAGAAGGUCACCGAGGCCCAUCCCGAUGACGUGGAGGCGUGGAUCGAGCUGGCGCAGAUUCUCGAGCAGUUUGAUCUGCAGGGCGCCCUCAACAGCUACAACAACGCCAUCAAGAUCUUCAAGGAGAUCGCGGAGAACACCGGCCGCGAGGAGCCGGAGAUUCCCGCGGAGAUCUACAACAACGUCGCCGUGCUGCACUACCGCCUGGGCGCCUUCGAGGCGGCGGAGGAGAACCUGGAGCGGUCGCUGCGCGUCGCCAACGACGAGGCGGAGCACGACGAGGCCUACUUCCGCCUGAUCCAGGUGUCGAUUCGCUACAACUUUGGCCGCCUCUACGAGGCCGCCUACCGCCUGGUGAAGGCGAACGAGGUGUACGUGGCGCUGCUGCGCGACCACCCCACGCACACCGACAGCAUGAUCCGCCUGGGCUGCCUCCGCCGGGAGGCCUGCCACAUCUACGAAGCGAGCGACUGGUUCAAGGAGGUGCUGCAGGUGGACAAGGACAACGCCGACGCCUGGAUCCUCAUCGCCAACAUGCACUGCGCCAAGUCGGAGUGGGGCCCCGGGCAGAAGAAGUACGAGCGGGUGCUGGGGGCGGAGGCGACCAAGGACGACACGUACGCGCUGGUGGCCCUGGGCAACAUCUGGCUGCACACGCUCUUCUCGGGAGGGAAGGGGGGCGGCACCCGGGAGGAACGGGAGAAGGAGCGCCGCCACCAGGAGCGCGCCAUCAGCAUGUACCGCAAUGCGCUGCGGCAGGACGAGCUGAACCUCUACGCUGCGAACGGGAUUGGCUGCGUCCUCGCCGCGAAAGGGGCCUUCAACGAGGCGCGGGACGUCUUCUCGCAGGUGCGCGAGGCGACGGCGGACUUUCCCGACGUCUGGGUCAACAUAGCGCACAUCUACGUGGAGACGCGGCAGUACGUGAACGCCAUUCAGAUGUACGAAAAUUGCCACCGGCGCUUCUACCCGGCGCCCAACACCGAGAUACUGAUGUACAUUGCCCGCGCCUACUACCGCUGGGGCCGGAUGCGCCAGUGCAAGACGGUCCUCCUGCGCAUUCGCCACGUCACGCCCAACGACGCGACGGUCAUCUUCAACCUGGCGCUGGUGCUGCAGCGCAUCGCCGCCUCGGUGCUCGAGGAGCCGAAGUGCCCCCUGCGCACCAUCCUCUCCGCCGUGCACGAGCUCAACCUGGCGCACCGCUACUUUGACCACCUGCGCCUCAAUCCCGAGCCGACCAAGUUUGACCCGGUGGCGGCCGGCGCGGAGGAGCAGCGCUGCAAGGACCUGAUCACCCAGGCGCAGCACCACGUGGCGCGGGCGCGGCGCGCCGACGCGGAGGAGCAGGAGGCGCGGCGGCGGCAGGAGGCGGAGCGAGCGGCGCUGCGCGCCAAGGCCCAGGAGGAGAGCCGUGCCCGGGAGGAGGAGCGCCGGAAGGUGGAGAAGGAGCUGAUUGCCAAGCGGCAGGAGUUCGUAGCGAAGACCAAGUCGAUUCUCAUCUUUGACCCGCAGAUGGAGGAGAAGCCCAAAAAGGGAGGUGGUGGAGGUGGUCGCGGAAGAAAGAGCGCCCACCACGGAGAGGACGGCUUUGUCACCGACAGCAGCAGCAACAUUGAAAAUCGAACCGCUGGAGGAGGAGGGGAAAAGACAGGCGGCAAGAAGAAGAAGAAGAAGAAGGAGGGCAAGCGAGGUCGCAAGCGCCGGAAUCGUGGCUCUGGUGGCUCUGCUGAAUCGGAUGAGGAGGGAGGUGGCGGCGAGGUGAACGAAGAGGAACGUCGAAAGCGACGCGAAGAGCGACAGCAGCAGAAGCGGAAGAAACAGCGAAAAGGCGGUCAAAAGGAAAGUGCCAAGAAGGGACGCCCCUCAAAGCCGGAAAAGGCGGAGCAACCGG